AUGCCCCCCAAAUCUAGCGGCGUUGCCAAGCAACGUACCUCGCGUCGGAAGAUUGCAUUGGCGUGCGAUCCAUGCCGGGAGAAAAAGAUCCGCUGUGAUGGCGGCAAACCGAUCUGUGGGUCAUGCGACCGAAAGUCCUGGGGCAUUGCCCAAUGCUCCUACAGCAUGGAUAACCCCAGGACCGCUAGUCAGGAUGAGUACAUCCGGGUCCUACGGUCGCGGAUCAAUGAACUCGAGGAUUUAUGUCUUCGUGCCGGAGUGUCAGCACCGGAAAUACGCAGGGACUCACCACACCAGAAAGACUCUCCUGCACAUGAAACUCUACAGCUGGAUCGGAAUUGGAAUGGGCAGUCGAGGUCUUCAAGGGUCACCCAAGGUAGCCCAGUGCCUCAGGAGAGUAACAACACUCUCCACGAUGAGCGGCAUGCAGAUGGACAGAGUCUUGAUACUUCAGGAACAGUCCCAAGUGAUCAUCAGGCCAAGAAUUCUCUUUCCCAUCCCGAAGCAGAAGAGGCAUCUCAAAGGAUGUCCAACCACCCUCGGAACAAUCCGAACCGUGGGGAGCAAAUGUACGUCUCAUCUCAAACAAGAUCCGCAUCUCCCCACUUGGACACCCCUGGCCGUGUCACGGCAAUGGGCCAAAUCGCGACGCCAGAUGAUACCUUGGCAUCUCCAGCUCCACUUCGGGAAUAUUAUGGAUCUUCCUCCAUUGCAUCACUGAUGAGAUCUGCACGGAUGUCUGUCCCGUUGCGAUCUUCGCGCUCGGCCAAAGGUAGUCCUAAUAGCUCAAUGGAUUACCAGUAUCACGAGUCCCCUAACACACAGUACCGGAUCAGUGACUUCACACUUCCACCCCGCUCACUAGCAGAUCACCUCUUAAAAUGCUUUUGGGACCGUGUAGCCUGUAUCUACCCUUUCUUCGAUCGGCCCAGCUUCGAGAAAGCGUAUGAUAACCUGUGGAGAUCGGAAAGAGAGGGGAUGAACAAGCUACCGGACAUGCAUAUCGGCCUUGGAGGGAAGGCGGACUCGUCUCCCAAGUCUAUCGUGUUUUAUUGUGCUCUAAAUGUGAUGUUUGCGCUUGGUUGCCAAUUUUCGGACCUUCCGCUGCAGGAGCGAGAGGCAACAGCCCACUCCUUCUUCCUACGCUGCAAACGCUUCGUAGGCCUCGAUCUCCUUGAGACCCAUACAGUCGGAGUAGUUCAGACUCUCCUUAUUGUCGCGCUCUACUUGCAGAGUAGCCCGUAUCCCAGUAGGUGCUGGAAUGCCAUUGGGAUAGCAUGCCGUCUCGCACAAGGCCUGGGCUUACAUGAGACCAAUAACGUGUCCUCGAUGACGGUGCUGGAGACAGAAGUACGCCGGAGGACAUGGCAUGGCUGUGUGAUGCUAGAUGUGUUCGUGAGCAUGACACACGGUCGGCCAAGCAUGACCAGCCAUCUGGCCCCGAUUCCGUUGCCUUAUGCCACAGGCGAAGAUGUCCCUCUGACCACAGGGUUUUACGUGGCAACGAUCAAGCUCUAUCGAAUUCUUGAUAGAAUUCUCUCAGACGUGUAUAACAUGUGGCGAGGCCGGUUGAAUGAGGAAUCGAAAAGGUCGACACGAUGGUCCGAAGGCAACUUCGAUUCGCUCCUAGAACUGGAACGGCAGCUACAGUAUUUUAGAAGCAAUCUUCCACCAUAUCUGAGCUGGAGCGCUUCUAGUCGUCCAGAGUGCACCCCUGACGAAUCGGAUAUUCUAGAGCGCCAGCGAAACAUCCUUCGUUCACGGUACUACCACCUCCGGCUACUUCUCUAUCGGCCCAUUUUUACUCAGGUGUGCUCAGAUUGUACUUCGCCUCGGCACUCACUUGAUUCCCGGAAAGACGUAUACCCGGCCUGGAAGGAUGCGGAGAGCACCCUACAAUCCUGCAUAGUAGAUAAAUGUGCAGCUAAGUGUGUUUUCACCGCAACUGAGCUUAUCCACUUGAUCUAUGAGACAUACUCGACACCAUAUACUGAUGCUUGGUGGUAUAAUGGCUUUUAUACAUCAACAUGUGCCCUUGUUCUCAUAAUGGCCCACUCGGUGCCCUCACUAUCCCACUCGAUCAAUUUUGCCAGAGUACAAGAAGCCUGGGAGAAAUGUGAGGAAAUCCUCGCACACAUGGCUACAUUCAGUCAAUCAGCACGGACAUCGCUUCGCUUCUUACAGGCAGCAUUCAGUCAGAAUAUCCAUGGCCGUCCGUCAUCUAGGCCUAGUUCUAAUGUGGGAGUAAAUCCGGAUCGAAAUCUCACAGACGAAGCCAGCGCACACUACCCUGUCCCCGAUGGCCCAACAAAUCCUUCAUUCUUUCAAGAUACCCCUGGACUGGACUCAUCGUAUUGGACAGAUUCCGGUAUCGGCCCCAGCACGUUUGAGGAUGACCUCGGUCUUCUGUCCUGGAUUGAUGUUCCAGAUAUGUGGCAAUGGCUUCGGGCUGAGUCAUAACCUGUCGAGAGGUGAGUGUGAUCGAUGAUGCCAAGUUCCUCUGGAGGACAACAAGAAGGCCAUGUAAACAUAGAAAUAUGUAACGCAAUCAUAUUCUCAUGUGCCGCU